UUCAAUAAAACUGAACACAGUUUGCCUUGUUUUAGAUUUUAUAGCUGACAAAGAACAUAUUCCAAAUGGCUGAGGAGAGUUGGAAAGAAGCCGGUGACUGGAGGGACUCACCCUUUUUUAUCGUUCUAUACGAAUACACGGUGAAGAAUGCCGGUAUGCCCACGGACAUGGGAACAUUAAUUGCCUAUGUUUUGCUCCUUCUCGUCACUUGGUAUGUACUUCUCUGGACGGCACGCUUCAUGAUCUCGCUUAUCUGGCCUGUGAUCAUCGUUGUAUCUGCGCUGUUCCUGUUUCGCUUCCUUCGCACUUUCGAACAAGACGAACUGCUGGAUUUGUUAUUCCAGGCUAUAGGCUUAACGACGGAUGCUGCAGUAGCGAUUUUAUCAAAGACACUUGACUUUUUGUUGGGCCUUUUGCACUGAAUGUGCAUCAGUAAGACUUGUCUUGCAUCUAUGCAUACAUUCCCAAAUUUGUGUACAUACGUUUAAACUAAAGUUAUUGAAAAGUCUUGGCUCCAAAUUGUAAAUGUUCAAAAUAUAUUGGUAUGCUA